CGAUCCUUGGCAGUAGUGUUCGGAACUGACGAACGUCGUCGCGGUACACAGUCGCUGCUGACCGGUGUAGGGCAGAUAGCGAGCGGUGUGAAAGGGAGUGAGAGAUCCGCCGUGUCGGAGUUGUCGAUCGCGGCCACGCUGGGCGUCGGCGACACUGACGUGGACGCGCCGGGGGCGGCGCCGGUGACGCCGCUGCAGCGGCCGUCGCGCCUCCAGGCGGUGGGCCGGUGGCUGCUGGCGGGCAGGGAGCGCGGGGGCGGCGGGGGCGACGCGCCGGCCGCCGCGACCGCCCCCAGCCCCGGCACGCCUCUGCGCUGCGCCGCGCCCUUCGUCAGGAGCUACAACAACAACAACAACAACAACAACAAUGGCGGACCGGGCACGCCGCUGUUGGCGAAACCGACGACGCCCGCCGAAGCCUUCCUGCGGAGCAUCCGGAGGCGGUCGCUGCGCGUGCGGCGAUCCAAGUCGCUGGUCAUCGACCACGCCAGCGAGAAGCGCAAGUCCGACUCGUUCGUGAACAGCCAGGAGUGGACGCUGAGCCGCGCGGUGCCCGACCUGCGGCUGGGCAUCGUGGGCAGCCUGGCGUCGGGCAAGUCGGCGCUGGUGCACCGCUACCUGACCGGCUCCUACAUGCAGGAGGAGUCGCCCGAGGGCGGCCGCUUCAAGAAGGAGGUGCUGUGCGACGGCGGCUCCUACCUGCUGCUCAUCCGCGACGAGGGCGGCCCGCCAGAGAUGCAGUUCAGCGCGUGGGUGGACGCCGUUAUCUUCGUGUUCAGCCUGGAGAACGAGGCCAGCUUCAACGCCAUCUACACCUACUACACCAAGAUGGCGCACUUCCGCAACUCGGCCGACAUCCCGCUCAUCCUGGUCGGCACACAAGACGCCAUCAGCGAGAGCAACCCGCGCGUCAUCGACGACGCGCGCGCGCGGAAGCUGGCGGCCGACCUGAAGCGCUGCUCCUACUACGAGACGUGCGCCACCUACGGCCUCAACGUCGAGCGCGUCUUCCAGGACGCGUGCCAGAAGAUCGUGGCGCAGCGCCUGGCGGCGGCGGUGCCCGCCCCCGCGCCCGCGCCGCCCCCGGCCGCCCCCGGAGGCGGCUCCCGGCCCCCGACGCCCAGCGGCGCGCCGCACUUCGCCGUCCCGCAGGCUCCUGCGCCCACGGUGCAGAGGCCGUCUUCGCAGCACCAGCUGCAGCAGCAGCAGCAGCAGGCGUCGCCCACCAACAACGGCAGCAGCUGCACGCUGCUGGGGGGCAGCCAGCCCAGCCUGGUGGCCGCCUCCGCCGCCUCCGCCGCCGCCGCCGCCUCCCCCAGCCACGCCAGCACCCUCAGCCACAAGGUAGGCCGGCCCGGCCGCACCUCUCCGCCGCGCGCUGCCCCGCUCGCCAGUGCACAGCGCGCCGACCCGCUGCUUCUCCCGCAGGAGGCGGCGAGCGUGGCGGGCUCGCUGCGCCAGGUGCACACCCUGUCGUCGGCCGGCAAGCACCGCGCCGCCGCCGCCGCCCCCGCGCCCGCCGCGCAGCAGGACUCGAACCGGCAGCUGGAGGCCGCGCCGCACGACAACAACAACGUGAAGGCGCUGGACAACCUGCAGCCGCCCGCGCAGGGCCGCGACAAGGACCUGCCCACGCCCUCCUCCACCCCCACCACCUCCAGGAAAAGCCGCAGGCGGUCGAACCUGUUCACUCCCUCCAAGAAGGGCGAGGACAAGCUGAAGAACGGCACGGAGCUGGGCAGCGGACGCGCCAUCCCACUCAAGCAGGGCUACCUGUACAAGCGCUCGAGCAAGGCGCUCAAUAAGGAGUGGAAGAAGAAGUACGUGACACUCUGCGACGACGGCCGCCUCACCUACCACCCCAGCCUGCACGACUACAUGGACGAUGUGCACGGCAAGGAGAUCUCGCUGCAGUAUGUGACGGUGAAGGUCCCCGGGCAGAAGCCGCGCGGCUCCAAGUCCAUCGUCUCGGCCAGCGCCGGCGCCAACAACGGCAUCAACGAGAGCCUCGGCUCGCUCACCAUCACCAGUUUCCAAGGCAAGGAGAGGCGGACUGCGGACAAAGUGCUGCUCACUGCCUUCGAGCUACGCAGUGACCCCGGCAGCCGGCUCAUCCAGUCGUCCACCAAUGAAGAUGCUGUGAUUCUGUCGAAUAAUGCCAUUUCCCAGUCACUCCUAAAUGGCACUGACAUGAAAAUAGAAACACCAAAUGUAAAGAAGAGGCACCGAAGAAUGAAAAGCAGUGGGAUGAAGAACACGGAAUGUGACGACUCUGAUGGCUAUGAAUUCUUCAUUGUCUCCCUGGACAACAAACAGUGGCAUUUUGAAGCCAGCAACUCAGAGGAAAGGGAUGAGUGGGUUAUGGCCAUUGAGCAGCAGAUCCUCAACUCACUGCAAGCCAACGAGAGCCUCAAGACGAAAUUCUACGGCGCUGACGCAGCAUCGCUGGAGGCGAUCAGGACGAGGGUUCCCGGCAACUCGCACUGCGUGGACUGCGAUUACCCCAACCCAGACUGGGCCAGUGUCAACCUGGGGGUUCUGAUGUGUAUCGAGUGCUCCGGUGUGCAUCGCAACUUGGGUUCCCACAUCUCGAGAGUGCGGUCGCUGCAUCUUGACGAGUGGACGCCGGGCCAGCUGAGCGUGAUGCUGGCAAUGGGGAACGCGACGGCCAAUGGCCUGUGGGAGGCGUCGCUGCACCCGGGCCGCGCCAAGCCGACGCCCAACUCGAGCCGUGAGGAGAAGGAGCGCUGGAUCCGCUCCAAGUACGAGCACAAGGAGUUCUUGGCGGCAGCGCCGGCGGGCGCGCCGCUGGCGCAGCAGCUGGUGGAUGCCGUCUGCAGGAGCGACAUAAAGACGCUGGCGCUGCUGCUGGCGCACGCGACGCCGGACCAGGUGAACGCGACAGUGAGCGCACGGGACCUACGCACGCCACUGCACCUCGCCUGUGCCACCAGAAACCUCGCCGUCGCGCAGCUCCUCGUCUGGAACAACGCAAACGUCCGUGCCGUCGACCACGAGGGCAGGACGUGCCUCGCGUACGCCGCAGGCAGCGAAGAUAUCGAGCUGGUAGAACUGCUGGCGAGCUGCGCGUGGCAGGCCCCAGGCAGCGGCACGUAGCGGACGGUGCCGCCCGACGUGACGGGCUGAAGCCGGCAGAGCUGGUCCCUGCCACGCUCUGACUGCGAAUCUCAGCUGGUCGGCGCCACAGCCACCUUCUCUCUCUCUCUCUCUCUCUCUCUCUCUCUCUCUCUCUCUCUCUCUCUCUCUCUCUCUCUCUGUCCCCCCCCCCCCCCCCCCCCACCUAAAUGCCCUUCCUAUGAGUUGUCAAUACUCAUGUGAGAAUUUUGUAUAUCAUUUCACUUCCUUCUGUACUGGCCAGAAUUGCAUUUUCUGGUCUCUUCUGCUAUGACCUGAAGCUUCACCUUUUGUAUGACAUUUAAUCAUUUCCUACACACACCUCAGGUCCUUCCUCCUUUGCACUAUGUAUCCGUUAUGAGAGUGUGUUUCUCGACUGCACUUUCUCAUUUUCUGGGAAUUAAUCUGGGCAUUUACUUGAAACUGAGUGUUUUAAGUAUACAGAAACACUGUGUAUUUACUGGGGAAUUAAACUUUGUCUCGAUCACUUAUUAUUAGUGAUAAACCACGUACGAAAUGACACCUUCCCGACAGGGAGUUUUAUAACGACAGUGGAAAUUCCUGUGUGGAAUAAUACGUAAAAUACAGGAAAGGUAACUCCUCUCCCGUAGCUGAGUGAUGUCGUGCACAGAAAUACACGACAACAAACUGUAUUUACAAUUGCUUUUGAGCUCUCGUUCUUUCUAUAGUAAAUGUACACUCACUCGCACACACGACCACCCAGACACUCGAAUGCACACAAAGUCACGGCCGUGGGAGUGUCUAUUCUCAGGUGAUCUGUACCAGAAUGUAGGUGAUAAUAAAAGCUAACAAACGUUAGACACUGAAAUAUCACACCCGACAGCCUCCGCCUUACCCUAAGAGUGGCACUCUUCGUCCCGUAGUGGCUCCGUCAGAUGUGUAUGCCUGUGCCAGAGGCACACUUGUUUACUUUUAACAUUGUGACGAUACUAGUACACUCGGUCUGAGGACGGAAACUCAUUUAUCGAAAGAGCACCAUUGAAAUGUGGUUCGUCGCUAAUUUGCGUGAUUUAGCCGGAGUUUAAUGUCCAGUGUUGGUGACGACCGUGACCUAGUCUGCAGCUGUAAUGGAAAAAAUCUGCACUGUGCAUUUAUUGUCUGUCAACGUCCACACAGAAUCCGUACCGCAAGCACGAGCAAUUUGCUGAACUGUCUGCGUAUUGACAAUCUGUUUUAUAGUGUAAAGUUUUUAGUUCUGCACCUUUGAGACUGAUAGUCAAGUUUUUGUACCAACUGAAUUUCCAUUGUAUUUCGUAUGCCAAUUUGUCUUUUCACAGUUUACAGAUUUUUCAGUGCCACAAUUAUUGUGCCAAAAGUAUUCAUCCAGUUACCUGCAGAGAAAAAGAAAACUGUACGUGUAUUAUUAAACUUUCGUGCAUCACACGUCUUUAAUUCUUGUAUAAAUGGCUAGAGCAUUAGCUGUGUAUUCAAAACAAACUGAUACUGAUACACAUUAUCAAUAAAAAGAACAGUGCAACGGUAGAGAUAUGCUCGGAGUUUGCCAGAUGGCACACAGAUGGGGUCCUCGCAAUAUCCCUCAGCUGGUGUAGUCUCCCUGUUCUCUGUCAUUACACGUAUAUAGUAGUUUUGUCGAAGCAUAAUGAAAACUGUGGCUACAUAAGAUGCCCUCUCCUAAGAGUCCUUACCUCUGUCAUUUUGGUACAUAUCUGUAGCUUUAUCUCUGCAGGCGUGUAGAUUGAGUCGGCCCAAACAAAUGCCGCUCAUCACAAGUUUUCUUCAAUGCUCGGUGUCAAUGGGAAGUGUCAGUUUGUUUUUUAAAAUGACAUUUUAUGCUUUGCUUUCCAUAGUGCAGUCCAAAGUUAGCCCAGUGCAGUAUCCUGCUGAAUGAUGCAAAUUAUAACAGGAACAACAAAACACAGAAAAUAACCAGAAGUCCAGGAGUCAGGAAAGGGAGACUCGGCCAACAAAUAUCUACCGAUGUGUCAGUAUCGGUCGUUAUCAGCUGCUCAAGAGCAGACCUAGCAGACGCAUAUCUGUACUGCUACAACAUUUGGGAUGUUUUGACUGAGGCGUGGUGGUUCAUUUUGUGCAUCUUUAAUGCAAUAAUAUGGAUUAUAUUUUACUACGGUUUGGCCCCCAGUUUUACUCUUCGUACCCAUAACUGUUUCUCACCCGACUCCCUCCUUCUCUCCCUCUGUGGGGAGUCAUCUUGCCUCUCGCAUGAUACACCGACACAGGAACAGUGAUACUCAUUCCCUGAUGCACUAUCGGCUAUUCUUCCUGUUUUGUUUUCCCUCUUAACACAUACUUACACCAAAUAUCACUCUAGACUAAUUUGAGACUGCUUAUGGGCAUGUAAAAUUCCACUUUCUGAAGACAGUUGACCAUAAUGAGAAAUAAACUGACACUUUUUGUUGACAUUGGAUAUCACAGAACACAUGUCAUGAGCAGUAAAAACAAAAUGGCAAUAUAUGUCCGGGCACCAGAGUAACUGCAUGACCAUUAGGAGAAACACACACUGCAACAGAUAAAUAAAAUUCAGAUCCUCGUACAGAAAGGUUGUUGACAUUUGGCAGUUUCCUGCUAUCUCUGAAGACAUUAGUGCAGUAUCACCAAAGCUGACUGCCUCACACAGUGCACGGUGUGCCGACAUUCCGUUCACUAGUUCACACAGUCGUAAGACUCUCGUGUUCUAAGAAGGCUUCAGCAUAAUAAGCCGGAAUUUCACUGUAAAUACUUCCUCUACCUGUAGUGGCAGGCACGUGCUGUCGUCGAGUGCCUUCACGUACUGUUUCACGCUUUUUGUGCCUCUUUUAGUUCUGGAGUGCCACUGCUCUAAAUAGUGCCUUCUAGCGCAAAUGCUAAAGGCAGUAUAUUUGUCUGUAGAUUUGUGGAGUACCACUCACCACCUGAUUCAUUUUCUACUGAGCUUAAACGCUAUGUAAACCUUUGACUUAUUAUACAGCACUUUAUUCUUUUAUUGUGGUGCUCUUUCCUCAGUUUCUGAUUCUGCAUAACAGUGCCCUGUUCUGACUGUUUCCUCUUGUGUACUACAAUAUUCUCACUUUAGUUAUUUCAGUGAGCUUUUAUUGUUCAGAGUUACUUCAUGUGUGCUAAUUUAUUCACCACUAGUUUCCACAUUUGUUAAUAUAUAAUGUUAUGUAUAUUUUGUAUAUAUAUUGUUUCAGGAGUAUAUUUCUUCCACUUGUUGAAACAGUGUAAAUCAGUCCCUUUACAUCGUAGUGGAAAAAGAGCAAUAUAUUUAUAAAUACCUGCUGCUUUGAAGAUAAUCACUGUAUAUAAUAUAUGUAAAUACCAAUAUUUAUAAGAAAUGUAGACCAUACUUCAAGCAGUGUGUGUUUUGGGAAAUCCUUUCUUUUUCCUGUAUGUGGUUGUCUCUGAAUAUAAAGGAUCUAAAUAAAGAUGUACCAUUCGAAUACUUUACAAGAUAAAAGUGUGUUUAUUUGUAUGCUCUCAGACCAUUUAGAGUUUCCUUCCUUUUGCUCUUACAAAAAGACAGUUUGAUGUAAUGUGAAAUUUAUCAGUACUUCAGUUCUGACAACCACACUUUUUUCUCUUCUCACCUUCUUUGCAGUUUGCAAAUGAAGGAGGAGCUAUUUGUUUCAUUGGAUGUUUCAAAAGAAGUGUGUGGAGUGUAGAAAACAUUAAAACAAAAAAUAAUAAACAUGUGUUAAUGAUGAUGCACAAGUUAUGGAUAGCUGAAUUGUUGCACCAAUGAUAGAGGUAGUUUACAUUAAUGUUACUGUGCCUGUUAUUUAUAAUAAUUAGCCACUGUUGUUGCUUCUCUUGUGUACACUGUUUAUCAUCUAUGUGAAACAAUUAAUUUUGUAUUGUUGAUAUAUGAUAUAUAUAAAAUUUUCCUUCAUCAAGAUUCAUUUAUGCAACGCAAUGCUACUUUUUUCCAAGUUGCUUUUAGAAGUAAAUUUUUGUAUGCUUCUUACAAAUGUUAUUUUUUGCUGAUGAAAAAUUUGACAGUGAUUCCUAACUUGUGUAAAAUUUGGCCAAAGAUUCUUGUAAAUAAUACCAGUCAUUUUUAUUAUGCCUGAUGCUGUUACAAUAAAAUGAAUGACAUGA